CCAAGUUCCCAUUCACUCCUGUCCCUGUGAAGAGUGAAAAUGAUGAAGAGGAAGGGCUUGACCAGAGACCGACUGAACACAUGGAAACAGAAGCUGAUGGAGAGGAAGCAGCCAGGAACUCCCAGCCACACCUACUGCUCCCCCCAGAGACUGGAGACAGUGUGGAUAGUGACUUCUGGAAGGAGAGCAGAGAACGUCUGUCAGCUUUGAACUCUCUGGAAGAUGAUGAUGUAACAGGUCUGGAAGAUGAUGGUUGGGACACUGACAGGACAUCGUUCAGCUGCUGCGAGUGUGGGAAAAGAUUUGUCAAGUUUUGGAAUCUGAAGAGACACGUGAGAAGAGUCCACUCCGGAGAAACGUCCUCUGUGUCCUGGCCGGGAGAAAGAACAGCAAUUGAAGAAGACGAGCUGGAGCCCCCCCCACACAUUAAAGAGGAAGAGGAGGAACUGUUCCCAUUCACCCCUGUCCCCGUGAAGAGUGAAGAUGAUGAAGAGAAAGUUACGAAAAGAAUCCUCCGGUGCCAUCGAGGUCGACUCUCUCUGGACGUCUGCCUCCUGAAGCGUCCGGCGCUGAGCGACUUUCAGCUUCAGCUCGUAAUCAUCCCGUCCCCGCCGCUGAAGAGCAGCAAGCGCCGGAUGAUUUCCAGCUUCCUGUGGAGCCUCAGCGGCUCCUGGAGGACGAAGACAUCGUUGGUUCCCGGGCGUCCAUCGCUUACGAAGAGAGCGUCCGUCAGCUGGCGGCGUUGGUUCAGCUUCCCGUCAAAUGCUGUCCCCACGCGCCGCGGACCGGCCCACUGUGCCACAGCCCCGGCCCGUUUCACUGCAGCGCUCAACAAAGGUUUGUCCUCGGGGUCACAUCGUCUGGAGCUGGACGUCGCACCCGAACUUUAAAUCCGGGAUGUCGGCCGGCGACUUCCUGCUCGGAGCGGACAUCCUGCUGAGCGGGAACAGCUACCCCAAAGUGUCCCUCCGCUCGCGUUCACCACGAUCCGAGAAGCCUGCA